CACCAGUUUCUAGAGGAGGAAGAGGAGGCCAGGAUGGCUGCACUGACGGAGGAAGAGGAGCAGAAGAGUCAGAUGAUGAAGGAGAAGAUGGAGGCUCUGAGCAGAGAGAUAGCAGCUCUUUCAGACACAGUCAGAGCCACAGAGGACGAGCUGAGAGCUGAAGACGUCUCAUUCCUGAACAACUACAAGGCUGCAGUGGAAAGAGUCCAGCAGCGCCCCCUGCUGGAGGAUCCACAGCUGCUCUCAGGAGCUCUGAUAGACGAGGCCAAACACCUGGGCAACCUGACCUUCAACAUCUGGAACAAGAUGAAGGACAUGGUCUCCUACACUCCUGUGAUUCUGGACCCAAACACUGCUGAUCCAGAACUUAUCCUGUCUGAAGAUCUGACCAGUGUGAGAGGAGGAGAGAGACAGCAGCUUCCUGAUAAUCCAGAGAGGUUUGAUGAAUACUGGUCUGUUCUGGGCUCUGAGGGAUUUAACUCAGGGACUCACAGCUGGGAUGUCGAGGUAGGAGACAGUACAGGCUGGGCACUGGGUGUAUUAGCAGAGUCUGUCCAGAGGAAGGGAGACAUAGAGUCUGGAUUAUGGAUAAUACAGUUCUAUCAAGAUAAAUACUCAGCAUAUUCACCACCAGCUCCAUUCACUGUUCUCAAAGUGCAGAAAAAGCUCCAGAGGAUCAGAGUGAAUCUGGACUGGAACAGAGGAAAGCUGUCGUUCUCUGAUCUUGAUACUAACACACACAUACACACCUUCACACACACUUUCACUGAGAGGAUGUUUCCAUUCAUUGACACUGGAGAUAAAAUAAAGAUAUCACCACUGAAGGUCUGUGUGACAAAACAACAGGUCUGAUAGAGACUUUAGUCUGAAGGUGGUGAUUAGUAAACAACUCUUCACUUCUUAAAAGUAAAUAUGAGUCUAUCUAUUGAUGUAGAUUGUGUACAUGAGAAAACAAAUGAUGAAUUCAGUUUAAACUUUAUUGAUCUCUGUCUGUCAGAUAUUUGCAGCAGCAAACAGUAACAGGAAAUAAAGGGUGAAAGAAGAGUAGAGCAGAAUAAUGAGGUUAACAUUCAGUAAAACUGAAAAGUAAAACCUGAGUCUUCAGAGCUGCUUUAACUUCCUGUCUGUUCAACUGAACUUCCUGCUUGAUUAUCAAAAUAAGACAAAAAUCAAGUGACCACAUGAAAUGAAUCUGUGGUUUUAAGUUGCUCUCAAUGUUUCACACAGUUCCUACAACAAAUUACAGGAAGAUAGAAAUAGACAUAACUAGAUCAAUUAAACACUUAACUAUAAUGUACAUACAACCUGCUAGAAUAGACAAGUAAAUAAAUAUUGUGGCAGAAAAUUGUUAUUGUGUCUUGAAAUAUAUUUGUGUAAAAUCAAUCAUCCAUAAUUUGAAAUGUAUCCAUGUAUAUUCACAUUCAUACUGUGAUAUUGGCCUGUAUCAUUGUCAUAUGUUAUUCACGUCACUGAGACAGGGAGUCUAGCAUAGCGGCCUUGGAGCCCGGGUGAAGAUAGAGGGGGGAUGAUGCAGAUACACCAGCAGGGCAAGAUUUGGAAUGCAGGGGAAGAACGGGAUCCGGUCACUAUGACCUGCUGCCAGAGACGACGUCAGGAGAAGACGAGUGGGGAAGAACACUGUGGUUAAUCAAAAAGAAAAAACCUCUGUUGGGACUUGUCCGAGGUACACAGUGUAACUUGUCUGGGUCGCAGGGACAGAGGAGGAGGACAUCUCUGAAGGGGGGGUGAAGACUUUGGUAGAAUCGUGGUAUCAAGAAAUGUACAGUGCUAUUGUGAAGUUAGUUGACUCUGGACAGCUCGGUUUACUUGUACUCUGUGUGAUACAAAUAAACCUGCGUGAACUGAAGAAAAUCCAAUCUCUCUUGUGUUCUGUGGGUGUUCGUAAGGUGUUAAGUUUGAACAAAAGUCAUAAAGUCAAUGAAGCUGAUCAUGGACAUGGGAAAAAUACCACAACAAUAUAUUUAUAUAAAACAGUAUAAAAUGUCUAAAUAAAAAGUGUUUCUGAAAAUAUUAAGUAAGAAUGCAAAGCUCAACUUGGACAGAAGUUGGUUGGAAGUUGAGGAUGACUUUUAUAAAACACCAAAGAAUCCAACAAUGACAGCAAAUCUCAUCCUCUCUGUUGGAUGUGUCUUAAUAGGGGAUGAUUCACACUUUUUUUGUCUAUGUUAAACUUCAAGUUUAUUGGGGAAAUGUAAAAAUGGUCCACCCUGUGGAUCCACCAUCCGCAGGGACAAG